GAUUAUAUUAUUAAAAACGACAACGCCGCCGCGUUUUACUUGCAGUAGGUAGAGCAGCCACAUUCCGCCACCACCACUUUCUCGUCCGUUCCACUUGCGGUAGGUGGCGCAGCCACAUGCCGCCUCCACAACUUUCUCCUCUAAAUACUUCUCGCCUCAGCCUCUCUGCCUCGAGGAAUUGAACUUACAGUCGGCGGCACCGCAACGAACUGCCGCAUCCGAUCUCUACCUGAGAAAAUGCUUGUCGCGAGAACUCUAAAGAAGUCCUUGACCUCGGUAAGCAAGCCAUUCUCUCUACACACCCACCUCAAAUGGCUGAGCAACUUGCCGGAAAACGCUGUAUACGGCGGACCGAAGCCGCAAAACCCUAACCAGAGAGUGACACUGACCCACCUGAGGCAGAAGCACAGGAGGGGCGAGCCCUUCACCAUGGUCACAGCCUACGACUACCCGUCGGCGGUCCAUCUCGACUUGGCCGGCAUCGAUAUUUGCCUCGUGGGUGACUCCGCUUCCAUGGUCGUCCACGGCCACGACACCACCCUCCCUAUCUCUCUCGAAGAAAUGCUCGUCCAUUGCCGCGCCGUCGCUCGCGGCGCCAAGAGGCCGCUUCUCGUCGGUGAUCUUCCAUUUGGGACAUAUGAGUCUAGUUCAAAUCAGGCAGUUGAUUCAGCUGUCAGGAUCUUGAAGGAAGGCGCAAUGGAUGCCAUUAAAUUGGAAGGAGGAUCACCUUCAAGAAUUACAGCAGCAAAAUCCAUUGUCGAGGCUGGAAUUGCUGUAAUGGGUCAUGUAGGACUUACCCCUCAGGCCAUAAGUGUUCUUGGGGGAUUUAGGCCUCAAGGGAAAAAUAUUGCUAGUGCUGUCAAGGUUGUGGAGACUGCAAUGGCUUUACAGGAAGCUGGGUGUUUUGCUGUUGUUCUUGAAUGUGUGCCUGCACCUGUGGCUGCUGCAACAACAUCAGCCCUUCGAAUCCCCACCAUUGGCAUAGGAGCUGGACCUUUCUGCAGUGGACAGGUGCUAGUUUACCAUGAUCUGCUGGGAAUGAUGCAACACCCACAUCAUGCUAAGGUUACCCCAAAGUUCUGCAAGAGGUAUGGGCAAGUAGGAGAAGUGAUCAAUAAAGCUCUUCUGGAAUACAAGGAAGAAGUAACAAAUGGUUCAUUCCCUGGUCCUGCUCAUAGCCCAUAUAAAAUCUGUUCUGCCGAAGUCGAUGGUUUCUUGAACGAGUUACAGAAGUUGGGCUUGGACAAGGCGGCAUCAGCAGCAGCUGAAGCAGCUGAGAAGAUCGAGACAAGUGAAUCACUGGAGGGAAAGAGCCCGAAAAGUGAUUGAAAUGGUCAAGCCCAGCAGUUUUGUGCUUUCCCUCCCCUGAUCAGAGUACAGUUGGGUUAAAAUCUUAAUAAGUUGAAGAGCUUUCUUCAGGAGAGAUGGUGAUGAACAUCCUCAGUCCCUGAGACUUUGGGCUCUGAGAAGUUGUUGCAACUUGCAAGGAAAAGGGGAAAUGUGUCUUUGAAAUUUUCAUUUUACUUGUCCUUCAUUAAAUCCUUAAUUUAAUUAGGCAUGUUAAGCUCUUCUUAGGUGCUAAAAUCAGCUAAUGAAUAUCAAUCAAAUUUAACUUUCCAGCAUUUGGAUAGCUUUCUUUA